ACACUCACGUGGUUCUCUCUUCCUUCUCCAAAUUUUUAUUCAUCCAUUCAAUUCCCCAUGGCUCCUGACUGGCGCAAUUGGCCGAGAGGCUCAUCGACUUCAUCCGUCAGACGCAAGCAAUUCAUCAGCAUAGUUAGCAGUUGUCGUUUGGGUUGCCAGUGAAGAAUUACAAGUCGAUGACGGACAUAAUGGCGAGUGAGCCGUACGCCGUCGUGGAGCGCGAAGAUUACGGCGACCUCAGCUGCGAGCAAUGCGGCUCCGGCGAGCGGCCGGAGGAGCUGCUUCUCUGCGACAAAUGCGACAGAGGGUUCCACAUGAAAUGCGCGAGGCCUAUCGUGGUUAGGGUUCCUAUUGGAUCCUGGCUUUGCCCUGAAUGCGUUGGAAGCAACAACAGACAGAGAAGAAUAAAAAGCUUCUCGCAGCGUAAGUUAAUUGAUUUCUUCGGGAUUCAGAGGAGCGACAAUGAUCACGUUAGAGCUGCUUCUUCUCAAGGUAAUGACCGCGAGUUUAAGCAUUUGCUAAUCAACGUUCUUCUUUGAUUGAAAAUAAUAAUAGCUUGGUUCAUUUUCUCGUUUUUUAUGCACACACAGAAUCUGAGUAAUCGUGUUUGUGGAAGUAAUUUGGCUUGCUUUUGACAGGCUUCGUUUCCCAUUGCUGCAUUGAGUUUUAUGGGAAAGAAUUAAUCAUAAUAUAUUUGAGAUUGGCUUGAGAAUAGUAUUUAUUCUGUAGCUUAUGUCUUUCUGACUUUAAUAAGAAGCAUGAAUGGGUUAAUGGAAAUAUGGAAUAAUGUUUUGGAAUAUGUACUGACCCUUUUGUAAGUGCAGCAUUCUUGCUUGCUUGAAGCAUGAAUAUUCUUCAGCCUUAUGGAAUGAAAUUCCAUGGUGGUGGAGUGUUCCUUUUUCAAAUUAUGAAGGACAUGGGGAUUAAGAUGUUUCAUGAUAUAGUUCCACAAAUAUGAAGCCUUGAUCUAUGGA